UUUCCGUGUAAACACUGUGCAGAGAAGAUCUUUCAGCAGCUGUUAUAUUACAUUUCUGAGAGUACAAAGAAAGAAAUGGACUUCUCUGCUCUCUGGAAAUGUAUGAAACUUUAAUUUGUUCUUGUUCGGCAAGUGUAAAACACUUACAGUGCAGUUUCCAGAAGAGAAACCAGGUAUUGUCUGCUUGAGCUGAUAAGAUGAAUUGCCGCUCUGAGAUAUUGGAAGUGUCAGUAGAAGGUCGGCAGGUAGAGGAGGCAAUGCUGGCUGUACUGCAUACCAUAUUGCUACAUCGCAGUACUGGAAAGUUCCACUACAAGAAGGAAGGUACCUACUCAAUUGGAACAGUGGGGACUCAAGAUAUUGAUUGUGACUUCAUCGAGUUCACCUAUGUCAGGGUGUCAUCAGAGGAGCUGGACAGAGCACUACACAAAGCUGUUAGUGAAUUCAAGGAUGCUCUGCGGAAUUCAGGAAGUGAUGGCAUCGGGCAAGUUUCCUUGGAGUUCUAUCAGAAGAAGAAAUCGCGAUGGCCUUUCUCAGAUGAGUGCAUCCCAUGGGAAGUCUGGACCAUCAAAGUUAACGUUGUUUCACUAGCCAAUGAACAGGAGAGGCAAAUCUGCAGAGAGAAGGUGGGAGAGAAACUUGGUGAAAAGAUCAUUAACAUUGUGGAAGUUAUGAACAGACAUGAAUACUUGCCAAAGAUGCCAACACAGUCCGAGGUGGAUAAUGUGUUUGAUACAAGCCUAAAAGAUGUGCAGCCCUAUCUGUACAAAAUCUCUUAUCAGAUUACUGACUCACUGGGCACUUCUGUCACCACUACCAUGAGAAGACUUAUAAAAGAUACUUUGGCUCUGUAGAGCUGCAUGCAUUCAAUGGAGUAUAUGGUUGGUGGGCUUGGAUCUUCUGUUUGUUUACUAUCCAAAUGGUUGAUCCAGUAUCCAGAAAAGAUUCUAUUUAAGAACUACCUUUCAUGUAUAAACGCAUUAUCUUUCAUGACUUGCACUGAUUAUAAGUAAUAAAGCAGAUCCUGUACAGAA